AUGCCCAUCACACGCGCCGAGGCUUCCCAGCGCGAUACCGAACUCCAGAAUACGGCACCGGCUGCUACGCCGACCUCCGACGCUUUGACCACCGCCUGCACCUGCACCUGCGCCGAGGCCAGCCAGCCCUGCGACGCCGGACGCCGACCUUGCCGCUUUCCACCCUUCACGCGUCAAUGGCCGGACCUCUGGUUCGUGCAGCUAGAGGCCAUCUUCAGGAACUACGGGAUGCACUCAGACGACGACCGCUACUACGCCGCCGUAGCAGAGUUGGACCAGGACACAGUCGGGGAGCUCCAGGAUGUGCUGUGGACGCCGCCCGCUACCGGCAAAUACGAGCAGCUGAAGAAACACAUCAUCGCUCGUUUCGGCGACACCGUGGAGAAACGGCUGCAGAAACUGUUCUCCGGCCUCACCAUGGGCGACCGCUCGCCGUCUCAGCUUCUCCGCCACAUGCGGUACCUCGCCGGCGACAACGUCAGUGACGACGACAUCAAGAUCCGGUGGUUCGACCUCCUGCCUCCGCAAAUCUCCCAGCUGCUGUGGCUCCUGCAGACCAUGGACCUGGACGAGCUCGCCGCCAGGGCCGACGGCGUCUACGAGGUCGUGCUGGGCGUCUGUGCCACCCGACAGGGGCGCCCUCUCUCUCCGCCAGGCACCGCCCUUCCCAGGCCUCCACCUCAGCGGGACAACAUGGACGGGGAAAACACGGCGAUGCACGCGAUGCUCGCCAACCUGAUCAUCUCCAUCAACCGGGUGGCCGAUCAACUUCACCAGCUGACCAUCGCCAUCGGCGGGCUAUCAUGCCCUCGAUCACGCGCUCGGUCACGCGCUCAAUCACGCUCCCGGUCACGCGCAGCCUCGGGGGGCACCGCGCCAGCAAGAUCAUCCUGGUGUCGUUACCAUCGGAAAUUCCGGGAGAAGGCUCGGAAUUGCACUCCACCAUGCAGCUAUGAACAGGACAGGGCGUUAAACAAGUAG